AGCCGUCAGAAGUGGAGGUGGAGAUUUACGCUCUUCGUCUUCAAGGAUAUUUAAUUCAUUACGUAAUCCAACUAACGGGAUAAGCUAAUCAACCCAAACCAGGAUGCCGGAGAAGUACGAGAAGUACGUUUGCACGCUGAGCCCCGAGCUGCAGCAGCAGGCUAAGGAUGAGCUUAAUGAGGACCCAGCUCGUCGUCAGGAGGACAUCGACGCCAUCAGGAAGUGGCUCAAGAAGCAGCCUCAUAUCAACGCUAGGAUGGAUGAUUGGAACAUUCUUCGCUUCUUGAGAGGCUGCAAGUUCUCCUUGGAGAGAACCAAAGAGAAAAUGGACAUGUUCUACACAUGUAAGACCGCCGUUCCAGAAUGGUUCGCGAACCGCGAUCCUGACGAACCGAAAAUGCGCGAACUUUUGCAGAUGGGGGUUUUGGUGCCUACCUUGCCCGGGACUUUGGCCCCGAACGGGGCCCGGAUCAUGAUCGGUCGGCCGGGUCUCCGUGAUCCCAGUAACUCGUCCGUGGGGGACAUGACGCGGUGCAUGUAUACCGUAUUAGACGUGCUGCUCGAGGAGGAUGACUUGGUCUCGGUGGUCGUGGUCAAUAUGGUCAUUGACGUACAAGGGCUCACUUUCGCGCAUGUCGCGCAGAUGACCGCGCCCAUUAUUAAGAAAAUGUCCACCAUUAUCCAGGAUGGCUACCCGAUGCGUCCGAAGGCCCUGCACUACAUCAACACUCCUGCAGCAUUCGACACCGUGUUCAACAUCUUCAAGUCUUUCAUGAAGGAGAAGAUGAAGAAGAGGAUUCACAUCCACGGCAGCGAUCUGAGUAGCUUGCACAAGCAUAUCCCGCCUUCGCUGCUGCCUAAAGAAUACGGCGGGACCAACGGCACCGUAGAGGACAUAACUCGUCACUGGCUGAAGAGAGUCGAGGCACGCAAGCAGUGGCUGAAGGAGGACGAACAGUACAAGGUGGAUGAAAGCAAGAGGCCUGGCAAGCCCAAAACUUCAUCCGACCUGUUCGGCAUUGAGGGAUCCUUCCGCCAACUCAACGUCGACUAGCCAUUGCCGUGCUGGCUGAAUGGCUUUGAUGGCUGGACUAAGAUAUAAAUACAGCAGUUUUGGUGCACUAGAAAUCAUACAUUGCAUUAAUUUAGUUUCUCACAUAACUUACAUAAAUAUGUUCUUCUAUGCUUUGAAAUUCAAAGGUUUUCAUUUUUAUCGCCGAUAAAUUCAGAUUUUUAUAUUUUGGAAAGCUCUUAGUCCUAUUGCUUUGCAUUCCAUAUUGUUUGUGAUUGAAAAUAUGAGUGAUCAUUUAAAAAUAAUAUAAAAACUGCCAACAAAUUAACUAUGAAAUGGACGACGUUUAACAUUUAAUUAAGUGAAGGCCAUUUUCAACAUUCUGACAAUAAAUCCAAUACUAAAUUUGAUUUUUAGAGAUUUCAGAAUUAUCGAGAUAAACUCCAAUGUACUAAAAUAUGUGUCUGCGGCUCCGUGUAUGAUAAUAUUUAAUUCGGAGAUCGCCAAUGUUGUUAAUUCGGCGUUUUAAAAUAGUACGGAUAACUAGCAAUAUGUUUAUUUAUUUACUUGUGCUUCAGCCGGAGCAUAGCCUCUCUCAUAACUAAUUCAACUGUUGGACUUAAAUGAUUAAACCACAAUUAUUUUAAUGAUAAAUUUUACUAUUGAUCACUGAAAUACAAAGAUACAUGCACAAACAUUUGAUGCAUUGUUUCCAUUAUCGUUCUUAUUUGAAUAAAACUUAAAGUUAACUUAUCGUAUUAUAGGUAUAUGGGUUCAUGGACGGACUGGGUAACACUUUUAUUUGUUGAACACAUAAAUGUACGAGGGAAAUGUAGAAUUUUCUUAAAUUCUAAGCAUUUUCUGAACGAUAUAUACUUUUUCCAAAUCCGCAGAGUUAUCAAAUCAAUAUGUUAAACUAAAAUCUUUCCAUGAAGCUUUGAAACAUUUAAUGAAUAACAUGACGAUUUGUAAGCUCAUCACAAAAUCAAUAAUAAUAUAAAUGUUUAAGAAAUAUUCUUGUUAUAAGUUCCAAGAUUCUUGAAUAAUUUUCAAUAAAAUUUGAAAGUUUGAACUGCCUUGAAGUGGCCUGGAAGUGCUAAGUAUAAUAUAUUAAUUUGAAGCUUUGAAAUGUUAUAGAAAUUUAUCCUUGAAAUACAUGCUCCAAAACCUG